AUGCCGAAAUUUGUAGCUAGCGCCGCACAAACGUUCUUCCUGCCCAGCAGCACGAAGGCUCCGUCACUCGACGUCGCUCACCCGAGUGUAAUAAACGUAAAGCUGGCUGAGAAGACCAUCUGCAGCAUUCUGCGCGCGCCCGCGCCCGUCCGCGUUGCCAUCUACCGAAGCCUGUUUGCCGAAUACCGCCUCUUCCAUGCGUGGGGCCAGCCGCCAACCAUGGACGACAAUGUGGAGGAGAAACCCUCCGCGAAGCCAUACCUCACGCGCUUGAGACUUGCGCUGUCGCCAUAUGCUGUGCAUUUCCAGAACCUGGGGUACAUCACGGACGACACAUUGCACAUGCUGGAGCGUGAUGUGGUCAAGAAAACGCUCGAAGAGACACGGAGGAAUUUCGAGCUCCGCGAGGAACUCGGCCUUUCGGAACUGUUCUGGGACGACCUCGCCGGCGUCCUGAAAGCUGCCGUUCCCGCCCUCGAACGACGUUGUUUCGCCGCGCCCGACCCCGCCACGCCCGAGUAUGAGGGCUUGUCCGGCCCACUCAUAGCUUCGAACUCGCUCCCCCUUCUCAGAGACUUGGAACGUCUAAAUCAGCUCGUCUCGAUAGCGCGCAAUGUGCUGGUAUACGGCGAGAAGGUGCAGAAUUUGUCGGCGGACCGCCUCUUCGACAAGGAUAUCUUUGCGCUGAUCAAUGUCUCCGUACGCGUGACUGCGAGGGGCUACGACGGUGAGGCAGGUACACAGGAUGAGGAUAAAUGGCAGAGCGUCAUCAAUGCUUACAAGAAGCUGCUCAUCACCUGUCUGCAGUUCCUCAACAACCUCAUCGCGCGGAAUGAGCAACGCAAGCUGAUGCUUUGGAUCGAACUCUUCGACAGCCACCUCGACAACGAGCUACCGAACUUUGCGGAUAUGAAGUACAAAAUGGACAUCUUUCCGCCGCGGGACCGAGAGCCGCCCCCGAAGGAUGAGGCUACUCCCCCCGUACAGCCCGGUCGUGGCCCGGAUGCGUUCAAGAUCCCGCAGCAGCCUGCAUCAUCGCCCUUUCUUCUAUACAUCGGCGAGAUCGGUAACGAGGUCAAGAAGUCGCUCGCGCAACAGGGCGAAAAGGCGGGAGCAAACGAAAUUGCGGCAGAAUGCAGGAGACGAUGGCAGACCAUGCCCGAAGAAGACAAGAAUAAAUGGAAUGUGCUCUACGCCGAUGUUGUUGCCAAGUAUCGCGACGAGCUCACCCAGACCGGCACCUAUAAGAAGGUGCUCGACCAGCACGCCAAGAACGAGGAAAGCGUGCAGGCGCUCGCCGAGAGCAUCAACCAGCUGCAAGUAGAGGUGGAUCGGAUGAGGUCGUCAAUCGCUGGCUCCAACCGCGACGAACCGUCUCGUACCCCCACAGAAGAGAAGCCAGCAGCUCCGAUGCCAGACAAACCCCUGUUACCGCUAUUGGAUCCGACCUUCAAUCGGUCUUCCCCGGCAGGUGAGAUCGAUUUUCGCGUCACGUACCCGCCAUCGUUUGGUGCCGAGAUCCUUCAGAGUGGCAAGGAAGACCUAUUGAAGCGUCUGGAGCCCGACCCAGAUCGUCCAGCAGCACUGACCAGCGAUGUAGCCUCCCCAACCUCACCUCCGCCGGAGGAUGAUGACAAUGAUGACGACUACGACGACGCCGGAGACGAGGGCCAUGGCCUGCUGACGGAUGUGCCGUUGAUUCUGGGCCCGACUGAGAUUGAAGUCCUCCCCAUGAUCAUCAUGGCAGGCAUUGUAGAGCCCACGGAGGGCCAACCCGGACAUCAUUCAGAUCCAACCGUCUUCAGCAGCAUUCGAAGCAUGCACAGCGUGCGAUGCCAUCUCCUCCUCGCGCAGGACAAUGGACGGAACCUGCUCAGAGAGCUCCUCAUCUUUGUUGCUGCUUGGGAUCUACGAGAGGAGGAGCUGUACUUCAAGUUCAUGGUCAAGAUCAUGGAAGCUAUUUUGGCUAACGGACUGUUGCCGUUCGCCUACCACGCGUUCCGUGAAUCCGAGUCGAAGGAUAUCAUCUCUCCUGCUCAGGCCGUCAUCAUGAAGCUCCUCACCAACAUCUUCCGCGCGCGCCAAGCUCGCACACCCUCGAAGCACCUACUGAAGUCGACUCCUUCGCGAGUGGACCAAGGCGAUGCGCAUAUGGUCAACUUCCUGCUUACGGAGUUCCGUCGCCACAUCAUCCCGCAGACAUGUGCGCUCAUCUUCCUCCAAGGUCAAAUCAGAGCAGGCCACGCGCAGCCCGAAGAUUUUCCGCUAAACCUAUGGGAUAUGGAGCGGAUGUAUGAGGGCGUCUAUCAGUACCUCGAAUUCUUCGCCAUUCUCACCGAGCAUGAGACAUGGAAGACUAUGCUCAGCAACUGGGAGGUUUCGAAUGAGCUCGUGACCCUGCUCAAGGAGCUCGACGCCGCUAUUCCUAAGGGCCAGGUUUCUAUUCCACCACUUACAGCAGCAGGGCGUAACUCUACGCCGGCUCCGCCUGCAGAGACCGAGGCUCCGCAACCUGUCGCCGUUGAAAGACCCUACGACACCGCAGGGAGCCCCAAUGCACCUGAAGGCUACAUGCCGUCGCCACGCCCCUACAUUGACGAAGCACAAGACGAGCCAUCCGACUUUGAAUGGCGCAACCUAAAGAAGCUCGCCGUGCUCGUUCUUAGCUCUCUCGUCUGGAAGAACCGCCAAGUGCAAGACCAGAUCCGCCCCCUCGGCGGCAUCGAAGCAGUUCUCAACUGCUGCUCCUACGAUGAGCACAACCCCUACAUCCGCGAACACGCCAUCAUGUGUCUCCGCUUCCUCAUGGAGGGCAACAAAGAAAACCAAGACCACAUCCGCGCUCUCGAACGCUAUGAAAAGGAAAAGGAGAGCGCGGCUAACGCUGCAAACUCUACAGCUGCAAACUCUACAGCUGCAAACUCUACAGCUGCAAACUCUACAGCGCAGGCUCAUCAGCAGCCCGUGAACGUUCGCGUCCCCGACGAAGUGCUCGACCAGCAGGGAUACGAGACGUACAUGGAUGCCAAGGGCCAGGUUAUGCUGAGAAAGCGGGAAGUCAAGCCAGUGGUGGGCAAUACAGGGAAGGGCAAGGCGAAGCUAGAGCCGAAGGACCCGAAGGAUCUGGAGCAGUUGGUGCAGCAGGUUAUGCGUGAGUUGCCUGCCAGAGUGCAGGGCGUCAAGCACGAUGCUGAGAAGGCUGCGGCGUUGGCCAAGCUCGACAAGGAGUUCGAUGGGGCGGGUGGUGGAUGA